UUCUCCUAAACAACAGCAGUAGCAGGCUAGCAGCUAUGCACACAGAGUCGGCAUCCUUCUUCUGUCAGGUUGUUUAAACUCAGUGUUUAGUCAGACCUUAGUAUGUAUUAGAAACGUUUCUGUAUUGACUCUGUGCUGUUCACAAUUUUCGUUAAAGUCAUUAAAUUUAAUGGCUUAUCUUUGCCACAAAGCUACUGACGUUAGGUUAGCAUGCUAGCUGCAGGCAAACUGACAAGGGCUGGUCAACAGUGAACCAUAGCAACACUGCUGAUGGAGGACAGACUGUUUGGGACGGAUCUUUUGAAGAAAAUAUUAGAAAAUAUUCGCCUGCUGUGAUUGUGUGAAAAUGUCCAAAGUCCGGAUGCUGAGCACACCUGAUAGUCCAGCUGGAGAUAGGCUGCUCUCUCAGCUUUGUGAUGUCCAGCAGCUGCUGGUGAUCAAAGAAGAGUUUAUUCCUGAACAGCAGAACUGGAGCCCUAGUGUGAACCAGGAAGACCCUAAAUCCCACAUCAAAGAGGAAGAAGAGGAGACUGAUGUUACAGAGUUCACAGUCAUUCCUGUCACUGUGAAAAGUGAAGAUGAGGAAGAAAGACCUCAGUCUUCACAACUUCAUCACAGUUGGAUUGAGGUGAACAGAGAUUCUUUUGGAGAACCAGAAUCAGAAGACAAAUCUUCAGAGACUGACAUCAGUGAUGGAAACUGGGAAGAGGUCAAUGAACCUCAGCCUGGUUUGAAAGAUGGCACUGCAAGUGAUGGAUGUGAGAGUAAGAAGUUACACAGCUGCACCGAAUGUUUUAAAACAUUCACACGCAGGGCAAAUCUAUUAAGGCACAAGAGAAUCCACACGGCAGAAAUGCCUUUCAGCUGCACCUUUUGCAAGGCAUCAUUUAAAACAAAACGAGUUUUAAUUCAGCACACAGAAAUUCACAGUGACAAGAAACCUUUCAGCUGCUCCGUCUGUGGACGAUGCUUUAGGAGGAAAGAAUGUCUAACUCAUCACAUGAGAUGUCACACAGGAGAAAAACCUUUCAGCUGCGCCUUCUGUGCGGCAACUUUCAAAUGGAAAAAUGCUUACGUUGAACAUACAAGAAUCCACACAGGAGAAAAACCUUUCAGCUGCACCGUUUGUUCAGCAGCUUUCAGACGCAAACAGGAUUUUGUGGAACACUCGCGAAUUCACAGCGGUAAAAAGCCUUUCAGCUGCUCGGUCUGUGGUCGAAGCUUUAGCAAAGUGGCGUAUUUGACUUGUCACAUGAGAUGUCACAAAGGAGAAAGACCUUUCAGCUGCUCUGUCUGUGAAGCGGCUUUUCAGAGGAAAUACACUUUAGUGCAGCACAUGAGAACACACACUGGAGAGAAGCCUUUUGGCUGCAGUACCUGCGACAAAAAAUUUAGUCGAAUGUCUAUAGCCAAAGCACAUCAGCAGCACUGUCCAAGAAUUUGCAGCGAGUUAAACCAAGUGUGAAGUUCAGCUGUGUCAGAAUCAGCUAAUCAGUGUAUGUAAUUAUACAAAAUUAUUAUAAUUUUAAUUGCAAUUAUUAAUAUAAUCUGUUACAAUAACCCUGAAGCAAUUAAAUAUUUAUUUAUUUAUUUAUUGUCAA